CCACCUUGAUGUUUAAGUCACUAGCUCGGGAGCUUGUCAUCUCUUACUCAUCCUGUUAGCUGUCCUAGUGCUCCCUUUUCCACGACUUACCGGGUAUCAAAGCAAUCCAAGAGUCCAAUCUAUACGGGGAAUUGACAACAUGAACUCGCUAUUCAACUCUGCUUUAAAGCAAUCAUCGUCCAUCCGCCGGGAUCUGGACACCUUUUCACAGUCGCCAACCACCUCCUCACCCGCGUUACAAGGCCAACUUGCAGCCUCCUUGGCAUCGCUUUCCCGCACCGUCGAUGACUACUCAGCGCUCUCCAAGAAAGAACUGAUUCCCGAGAAACAGCAAAAGGCAUUCGACCGUAUUAAGAACUUCCGAAGUGAACUCGCAGACUACCGGACACAAUUCGAUCGACUCCGCAAAGAACGCGAGGAUGCACAAUCGGUUACCAACCACAAUGAACUCCUAGGCCGUCGCCCACACCACGCCGCAACACCAGAGAACCCAUAUGCGCAGUCCUCACUCCCACAGAGCACCUCAGCCUUUGCACCCUCAUCCUCAGGUCUCGGCUUUGGUGCUAGCCCGGCAGACUACAACCGCGAAACCAACGCGCUUCGCGAGCAGUCCUUCUUCUCCAACACACACACCCAACUCGAUGAUUUCCUGGACCGAGGAAGAGCGGUUCUCGCCGACCUAGGGCAGCAGCGUGAAGUACUCAAGGGAACACAGCGGCGACUAUACAGCGUUGCGAACACCCUUGGCGUGAGCGGCGAUACAAUCCGGAUGGUGGAGCGGCGGGCGCGUCAGGAUAAGUGGAUUUUCUGGGGUGGAGUGGUGAUUUUCUUCUUGUUCUGCUGGGCAGUGCUGCACUUCUUACGGUAGGAUUAUAUCACUAUGUGUUCUUGGUCUCUGCCCGGGUGGGCAUAUUUGGGAGCUGGCGAAGGUUCUCGGGGUUUACCGGGGUAGCGCGUGGUCUUGUAUCUUGUAUUGGGUUCAUCAGCGCCGGCGUUU